AUGAGCCUUCGUACGGCCCUCGUAGCGGCUCUCUCCACGGGUCUGUGCUGCAGCCUGUUGGCUGUUGGCUCUUCGGACGCGAAUCCCCCUUCGCUUCCGCCGGAAAUUGUGGAUUCUUUAACCGAAGCAUCAGGGAAUGCUGCCCAGCUUGAAGAAGCUGCCAUAGAACAGGUUCCGGGGCAGGCCCCAGAGGAAGACCCCGUGGAAGAGGAGCCCCUUGAAGGCAACGGAGCAGAUGAGGGUCCCGGUAGUUCUGAAGGUCCGAACUUGCGCCGGCUCAAGGCCCGCAGGGGUGGAGCCGCGAGGCAUGGAAAAUCGUCAAGGAAUUCUCCUCAAGCCCUUGGCCCAGGCUGGGGUGGCUUUCUUCUCGCGUUGGGGUCCUUCAUCUCUGCUGUAGCCUUGUGGCGCAAGACAAGCGAGCUGUACCACAGUCCCAAGCAAGCCCUCCGGAAGGCGAAGAUGAGGCUUUUAGGUCAGGUGCCGCAUUCGUGGGAAGACUAUGUACGGAACUUACCGGUGUUGGACGAGAUGGAGUUCCCAGAAAUUCGUCCUUUGCUGAGGCGCCUGGACAAGAAGCCUGUUGUGCUGAUGUCAGUGCCAAAGCCGAGGGCCCGUCUUGCAGCAUUCUUGGGGCUGACAGAUGAACAGCGGGAGGAAGGGAUUGUGAUAAAGGGGAAAUCAACUGCUGGGUGUAGUGCGAAGGAAGUGGCGUUCGAGCUGUUCGCUCAUGAGAAGUUAGCAAAGGGCCUGCCGCUAUCUCUUCCAGCUUUGGGGGCUUUCAGGGACAUAGACGGCAGCACGCUGUACCUCAUAACACCUAGGGCUCGUGCAGAUGUUUCUCUGUACACCCGGCGCAUGCCCGAAGAAGUUUCGCUGCGGCUGGCAUUUGCCGAGAUGAUCUAUGGGCUGUGGGGCAUGCACAAGCGUGGCUGGGUGCACCGUGACAUUAAGGGUUGCAACUACUUCGUGAGUCAAGAUGGACACGCAUUGCUGGCAGAUUUUGAAGGCUUUUGGAGAAACGGCAUGCAUGCGAUUAUGUACGGAGAGGAGGUUGAAAUCAUUUUCACUGAGCACUACAUUGCGCCCGAGCUGACGUUUGACGGCGAAUAUCAGGUUUUCGACUACAAGACCGACGUGUUCGCCCUCGGUAUCACUUUCAAGGAAAUGCUCGAGUGGAUGGGAAAUCUGGAGGUGCCUCACCGGGACCUCGCAGAGGACCUCAUUAGACACAUGACCGAUCCAGACACGAAGAACCGGUACGACUUGAUGCAGUGCAUGCAGCAUCCUUACUUCGAAGGAAUGGACUUCGACCUUGUUGAGAAGAAAAUGUACGGGAAGGCAUUUGAGGGGACCUACCAGACGCCAUACAAGUUUCUUUGA